AUGUCAGACGACAGACCGAGACGAAUAAAACAUAGCGGAUCUCUCCAGGACAACGCGAGUGCUUUACUGUUGAACAUGAUUCGAACAUUGACAAGUAAUUCCUCGGCAGAACAGAAGGAAUUGGAUCGUAGGCGUUUGGAAGCUGGAUUUACUGAAACUUCAAAAGAAAUAGAUGACCUGGUUCUUGAACAUGAGAACGAUGUGGGAACUUGUUUGGAGUCAUUCAGAAAUGUUUCCACUCGAAUUACCGCUUGCCGUGAAAAAGUACACAGUAUACGUAGUAGUUUGCUGACAUGUCGUUCUCUGCUGCAAUGUAGACGGGAUGACUUAAAAAGACUUUGGAUGGAAAAUGCUCAGCAAAAACAUGUCAGCACAAUUCUGGCUCAAAUAGAAGGACUGAAUCGUUUAGGAAAUGAAGUUGAAGCUGCUAUGGCCACUUCAAAUUAUCAUUUAGCUGCGAAUUCCUUAAACGAAGCAGAUCUUUUGUUCAAUGGUCCAUUUUCAAACAUCGAUGGAUUGAAUCAAUUGCGCUCACAGUUGCUUGAUCUAUCCAAAAAACUUAUAGAACGGAUUGUUAAUGACAUUACAAAUCAUUUAAUCAUUUGGCCGUUCGAAAACCAUCUUGUUGAAAUAAUCAAAUCGCUGCCAGAAAAUAAAGUUGCGGAAUCGGCGGAUUGCGUUGGAAUUAUGUCUCAGCUUAAUGUAAAGGAAAAUUUUACCAUGAAUAGCACAUAUUCCAUAGCUGCUCGUUGUGCUGAGGACAUUCAUGCAUUAUGUGUGUUCGGCAGACUAUCAACAACACUUCGACGCUUUUUACAUGGUUCUCCGGCAGUAUUUAACCGUCUGAUACAUACGUCGGAAAAUGUAGUAUGUGUUGCGUUUGAUGGUAAUCAAAAAGGAGAUGAACAAAAUUUGGCUCAGUUUAUGCAAUUGGUGCUAAAUCAGUUUCGUAGUAGCUAUGAAGCACAUAUUGUAAUGGAUGCUGAACUUAAAAAACUUCGGCAAAACGACCAAACCGAUUUGGGCGAGGACGAAGAAAUGAUAUCCUUGUCCGAAAAUUUUUGGGAAACAACGCAGGCUAUAAUCGAAGAUCUAGUAGACAAGUAUAUCGCAGAUAAUGGCAAUACGUCUAGUUUAGUUAUGCAGAAAUCGAAUACAUCAACUGCAGAAAAACUUAUCUUGUUCAGAUUUGACGCUUCUGCUUGCGCACUUACUGCUCAGUCUAGACAAACUUUUAAGCAGUCUCUGAUAUGCCCUUCAUCACCGUGGAACAUUAUCGCUCUUUAUCCACAACUUGAACGUUUCUGCAACGAACGCGAAGCUGAAAUGAACGGUAAACCCUGUCGUUUGCGUUCUUACUUAGACUCAUUCAUUGUUAAUGUCUUCAUCGACCAAUUCAAGUGCAAGCUUGAAGCUCUUACCGAGCAGGCACUCAAUGAACAGGAUGCCUGGCGUGUUCUUAUGCAUUAUCCUAAUCCGAGAAUUUUGGGAAGUUGUUGGAAUGUUUAUUCAAUCUGUGACCAAAUCGGAAAAUUGAUCCUUGCCAUGGAUAAAUAUACAGAAAGAUUAUCAGUAUUGUGGUUACUUGUUAUCGAUGAGUUUUCGAAUAGCGCUAAUAAUAUAUAUGAAAAAGUUGUAACUUCCUGGAAACCUACUUCAGAGGGAAAGGAUUCGGUGGUUUCCAAUAUGAGCUAUGAAGAUGGAUUCAAAGAAAAGCGUAAAAUAAGCGCAGCAUGGGCAGUGGACGAAGACAUAUCACGUCUUUUAAAGAGUUUGCCAAACUGGUUCAUGGUGAACUGUUAUGAAGAUGCUUCAACUUCCUCGGGGAAUACGCCUUCCGCAUUUUCACCUUCAAGUGAAUCGGAAAGUGAUGUAUGUUACCGAAAUGAAAGAGAAUCUGAAAUUCUCAUAGGUAAUCUGGGAACAGCAAAACAACUUGUUCGUGAUGAACUGAUAACGGAUAUUGAAGUAAUUCGUUCUCUGGCAUGUAUACAUGAAUCAUUGAAAUGGUUUUGUAGAAGCAUGCGUUCUCUUAUCGAAAAGCUUCAGGAAUCAUCUCGUAAGGCAAUGCGUAAAUGCGUUGUACAAUUACAAAGAGUAGAUGAAAAUGGCAUUGUUCACCAGUCGGAAGAACAUAUUGCUGCUGCACUAGAUUCCAGAUUAACCGAUUUGGAUGCAAAAGCUGAUACUUGUUUAUUAAUAAUUCACCUUGAGCUUCGUGUACAUUGCUUUUUCCAUUUGUUACCACUGGCUCGAGUAAGGCCAUCAUUGCCUCAUGAUGAGCUCGAUAAUGAGGUAAUUGAUUUUGGGCGCGACAUGGGCCAUUUUCAUCAAGUACUAAGCACGAAUCUUCCGCCACAUAAAAUGAAAUAUCUCUUUGACGGCUUAGGACAUCUUUCAGCUUCUAUUUUUAUUCAUUCCAGUCAACAUAUGCAAAAAUUGAACGAGAAUGGAAAGAAACGUGUCUGUCGAAAUAUUUUUGCAGUACAGCAGAGGUUAAGUCAGUUGACAGGACAUCGUGAAAGCGAGCUAGAAAGAGCGAGAAUUUUUUUCGAAUUGCUUAACCACGAUCCUGAUCAAUUGUUGGCUUUAAUUCUUGAACGGGGAGCAAUAUUUUCACAUCUGGAAUACACCUAUCUUCUUGCACUUGCUCUAAGGUCACAUCCGAUACUAAGCGCACAACCUGGUGCUUUGGAACAAAGGAUCUCCCAGCUGAAGACGAUUUUAGCACAACUGAAAAAGUGA